CGUGGAACACAGGUCACCUUUUGUCCAGAGUUAAGCUCGCUGAUUCAGAAUCGAAGCAAUCGUUGGCAAUAGAAAGCGUUCAAGGAGACGAUAUGGGUAUUAUUACCUGUUCGGCGGAAAAUGUUGUUGGCAGAGUGUCUCGUGAUUUUGUACUCGUUGUGAACUCGCCUCCGAUUAUCGUGAAAUUUGAAAAACGUCAGCAGUUUCACUGGUGUAUCUACUACGAGAUCAAAGGCUAUCCAACUCCGAAUCGAACAUGGUUCUUCAACAACGAAAAGCUCCUGUAUUCAAACGAUAUCACAGACGUGUCAGAUAACCCGUUGAGAGGUUGUUUGACAUUUGAAACAACUGGUUUGAACAGAGAAGGCAACUACACCCUUUCCGUUUCCAAUGUUCAUGGCUCUGCCAAUCAAACCACGGUAGUUCGCUUCCACCAGCAACAGAGCGCAUCUUCGGUGCAAUUUGCGAACUUCGAGACUGGGAUACCUGGUUUACCCCCACAUUUACCUCCGCCUUUCUUGCCAGUUCCACCUACGACUGAUGUGUUCCAUUCAAACAUAAAAUCGAAGGAAUCAUCUUUUUCAGAAGAGGAUAUUCGGGAACAUCAGUCUCACACCAUUAGGAUUACCAUGGCGACCAUCACUUUUAUCAUGGGCCUCACUAUAAUUUCUUUGUUAAUUAUCUGGAUGAAAAUUCGAUUAUGCAAGAAAAUCCCUCUUCCUGACAAUGAAAUGGGACAAUAUAGCAAAAUGUUUUAUCUGCUGAAUUUAUUUUCGAGGCGACGCAAUGUGGUGGAGCAAAACAGCCCAACAAGUGCGACAGUUUUCCGAAGAGAGACCAUUCCAGUUCACUCGACAAUGACAGAAAAUCCUCACUACGAAGCGCAUCAUUCGUCUUCAACUAACGAUUCGAAAGAAGAUAGGGACCAAGUCUCUAUGCCACUACUCGUUCAGAACAGAAAACCCGAGUACAAAGUCAUUGCGUCGUCGUGUUUGCAUUCACUAAAGGACUUGGGCGAAGGUGUUUUCGGAAAAGUUCACUUGUCGACGUACUGUCCGCCAGAAAACGCGGAAACGGGGAAGUUUCUUGUUGCUGUAAAAAUCCUCAAAUUUUGCGGAGAUGAAUCUAUCAAGGAAUUUGACCGGGAAGCUGUUCUACUUGCAGCUUUGACCCACAAGAAUAUCGUCCAAUUUCACGGAGCUUGCGUCGAUGAAAGGCCUUGGAAGAUGGUAUUCGAAUACAUGGAAAAUGGAGACUUGAACCAAUUUUUACGGAUGCGUGGGCCGGACGCCCACCUUUUGGAGGCACGUCACGAUCCAACGUGCAUCAAUAUUUUGGCUCAUCCUGUCGAAGACAGCGGUGUUGACCCACCCGAGAAGCUAAGCUUACUGACUCUGCUUCAAAUGGCUAGAGAUAUUUCACAGGGAAUGGAAUACCUCGCGACCAUGCACUACGUACACAGAGACUUGGCGACUCGCAAUUGCCUUGUGGGUAAAAAUCUCGUGGUAAAAAUAGGCGAUUUCGGCAUGUCCAGGGAUAUUUACAGUUCCGAUUACUAUCGGGUCGGUGGGCACACUUUACUUCCAGUGCGUUGGAUGCCUCCAGAGAGUAUUAUGUAUCGCAAAUUCACGUCGGAAUCGGAUGUUUGGUCGUUUGGCGUGGUGCUUUGGGAAAUCUUCUCAUUUGGCAAACAGCCAUGGUACGGCUAUUCCAAUCAAGAGGUUAUCCAGCAAGUCACUGGAGGCCACAUACUACCGUGUCCUCUGGCCACACCACCCGACGCGUACCAAUUGAUGUUGAGUUGCUGGCAAACACAACCCAAUCAGCGAAACACAAUGAAGGCAGUCAACGAACGAUUACUCGAGCUGUGCUCACCUUGUAUUAAAAAUCCGGCGCUCUAUUUGAACGUGAUCGAGUGAUCGUAAACUGUAAAUUUUUCGUUUUUUUUGUUGCUGAAUCUGCUUUGAGGACCAUAACUUUA